AUGGUGGGCUCCCAGAUUCUGGGCGGGAUGGUGACAUCGAGAUCCUGUCCCCCGUGUUCACAGGUGAUGGAGACCUGCCAGGUGUCCAGGAGCCCCCGAGAGCGGCUGCUGCUGCUUUUGCUGCUGCUACUGCUUGUGCCCUGGGGCACCGGCCCUGCUUCAGGUGUUGCCCUGCCCCUCGCUGGUGUGUUCAGCCUCCGCGCCCCCGGCCGGGCCUGGGCUGACUUGGGUACUCCCCUGUCUCGACGCAGCCUGGCGCUAGCGGACGACGCAGCCUUUCGGGAGCGCGCGCGCCUGCUAGCCGCCCUGGAGCGCCGCCGCUGGCUAGACUCGUAUAUGCAGAAGCUGUUGCUACUGGACGCGCCCUGA